AUGUUAUCCCACAAGUCAGAGUACGGCGAAAACUUAUGGGCAACAGAUGGUAUUGCUGGGCUUUUUUUGAGUGCGAUAUUUAUAUAUGCUACAUCAAGGUGUAUCUAUAAUCUAUAUUUCCAUCCUCUUGCGAAAUUUCCUGGUCCCAAAUUGGCAGCUGUAUCAAAUACUUGGUAUGCAUAUCAUUGGUUCUCCGGACGCUACCCUUGGGCUAUCCAAACUGCACUCAAGAAAUAUGGCGACGUAGUCCGCAUUGCACCCAAUGAACUUGUCUUUAUCACCCCUCAAGCCUUCCAUGACAUCUAUCUGCCUACCCAAAAUGGUCUUGAACUAUUUCCGAAGACCGAUUUUCAGAAUCGGGGUAAAAAUCUGGGCGGGUUAGCAUGGGAAGAGGAUCCAAUUCGCCACCGCGAAGUAGCGAAGAAAAUGUUACCAGCCUUUAGUAUGCGCAACAUGAGGGCCAUGGAACCGGUUUUCACUCGCUAUAUUGAGGAGUUUAUCUCCCAGAUGAGAGAAUUGGGUCAGGCAAAGAAGGGAGUGGAGCUUGUCAGGUGGAUACACUGGUUGACAAUGGACACAAGCGCCGAUCUCACGAGUGGUGAGAAGAUGGGCCAGAUGAAAACUCAGAAGGAUUCUCCCAAUUUACAGGUUCUUCUGGCCUUCAACUACCUCACGACGGUCAUACAAGUCUUUAAACGCUUUCCACUAAUACAACCUCUCCAGUAUUUAUUUGCUCCUGUCUCAAUGAUCCUUCCCUUUCUUCGCAUUGAAUCUCAUUACCGAGAAGCCGUCAAACGGCGCAUUCAACGUCAGACUCCUGACCAUGUGGAUUACAUAAGUUUCAUGUUAAAGGGAGGCAAUGUGCCAAAAACCAAGGAGGAUUAUACUCAUCUGGGAGGGAUAAGCUUACAAGUUAUGUUUGCAGGAUUUGGGGCUAUGAGUGACUGGUACUAUAGUACUAUGGUCUAUCUUCUUCAAAACCCUGCUGCAUAUAAUUUACUUGUGGCGGAGAUUCGAGGAUCGUUUGAGAGCUAUGAGGAUAUCGAGUCCGAAAAAUUAGCACGACUCGAAUACUUGAAUGCGAGCCUGAAGGAAAGUCUAAGACUGAUUCCAAGUCUCAAUUCAGGAAUGCCACGCUUGAGCCCAGGAGCAAUAGUCGAUGGGGUCUGGGUGGCAAAAGGGACUCAUGUACAAACUUCAAGUUGGGCUGUAUCACGUAGUGAUCGUUAUUUCCACAACCCAUCCAUCUUCUCCCCUGAAAGAUGGCUUCCAUCAACUCACCCACAGUACGACACCAAGUUCAGCGGCGAUAACCUGAAAGCCUUGUUCGCAUUUUCCAUUGGCGUUCGUGGAUGCAUGGGUAAAGAGAUGGCGUGGAUGCAAGGAAGGCUCUUUUUCGCAAAGCUAUUGUGGUGUUUUGAUCUCAGCAUGGUAGAGGGACAGGAUAUAUGUUUGGAAAGAGAUUUGAUACAUUACGGUUUCUUCGAAAAGCCGGAGGUAAGAUUUCGGCUGACUCCAGUUGACAAGGAAAGCAAAGUUUGA